AUGUUAAUGUAUAGUCUGAAGAAUUUGAAGAAGAAUUCACGACGGUUUUACCGAGCAAUGGAAAACGCUAAGAAAAGACAGGAAACCAUAAUUAAAGAAUUACAAACGAAUGCUCUAGUCAUCUGUUCUGAAGAAUAUGUUGAACGCUCACAGGGAGCCCGGUCUAUUAUCGCACGUGGUCCCCUAUUAAAUGAAGUUGAGGGUUCAUCAACUGAAGCAUCACUAGACGAGAUAGAUAUUUUCUUCCGGAGUACUCCCAAUGUUAAAAAUGUUGAAACGAAGACCGGAAAGCGUAUAUUAAUGGAGGAUACUGGAACAACCAAGGGUGUUAAGAGAAAUAAAUCAAGCAACCAGCACAUUGCCGUUAACGCUAGCCAAUCGACCAGCGAUGAGUUUGAAAAUAUUAAUAAGCCUAUCGACAAUCUGGAUAAAGAGAGUGUAGAGUCAUAUGAUGUGGAAUUUACUGAUUCUUCUUCAGCUUCAAAUGAAUCCAAAAAGAAGCACGUCUCUGAAAAAAUUAUAAUUGAUCGUAAUUCGGAUCAUGAUCUUCUAACGAAUAAAGAUUUGUUACUAAAAUCAUGGCAUCAAAAUUGGGCGAAAUGGGACCCCGCAAUGACCGAGGAAGAGAAGAAAAUAUUUGACUUUUUCUUGACCUUAACAUCAAAUAAAACUGAUCAUAAAAUGGACGAAGAUACCUUCGCUCAUAGAUAUCUCCAUUUAUUAUUAGAAGAAAUUUUUAACACAGAUGAUUAUAAAUUCGUUUGGGCCAACGGAGAGUCUUCAAGUUCUAAAAGCAGACGGAAAGCUGAUAAUCACAAACACGGGAGAAAACCCGAUUUUCGGGUUCUCUUCAGCAAAGAUAUUAAAAAACAUGAAAUCACCUAUGGAGAAAUAAAGCCCCCGUCUACACCUAAUAAUGUUGUGAACAAAACUUUGAUAAAACUCGCCGAGUUUAUGAAGGGAUCCUUAGAUGAUAUAGGUAAUAAACCGGGGUUUGAAACAUUUGGCAUACUUGUUAAUGGCUCUCAUGUUAAAUUAUUUAGCAUGGAUCUCAACUUUGAUGGUGUAUACCGUCUUAACCAAAUUGGAAAAAUGAUCUUGCCAACUGAACAUGCCAAUUUUCUAACUAUUAUCCCAGUUAUUUCGAAUUUCUACAGCUUAUCGAAAAGAGUUGGCCGUGCUAUUGAGAUAUUAAAUGCUCCAUCUACACCGACAAAUCAAUCCUAUCGUAGGUUAUCAAAUUCGUCACCUCAAAAAGUUAUUUCAUUACUGAAGCUCCCGCCUCCUGUAGUUCCCUAA